AUGUCUCCCGUCCCCCGCCCACCACAACAGGGUCCGAUACAGAGCGUGACGAUACGCGAGGUGAAGGGCCACCUGGCAUCCCUGAGCAGCCUCAAGCUGCGCCUGCGCGUCAAGAUCAAAGACGUUGACAUCGUGCUCCGCCCCUCGCCCCCCUCCACCUCCAAAAAGAAGAAAAAAGCCUCCAAAAAUGCCUUCAGCAGCAGAGGAUCCGCGGCUAAGGGCCCGGCCAGGAAGGCCGGGGCGAUUGCCGCCGCCUGGGGCCGGUGGAAGCUUCUGGGAAGCUUCUCCCGGGUGGUUCGGGUGUGCCUGUUUGACGUGUCUGUGCGGUGGGCUCAGGCCCCUGACGUGUGCUUCCAGCUGAGGGAAUUUGAUCUGUUCUCCACGGCUGAUGCCUCGGGGAAAGGGCAGGUGGCUAUGCGAUUGGAGCUGCUGGGUAUCUCGCUCUCCCAUCGCCCCCCUGUUUCUGAAAAGAGCCCUGGGCUCCGAUCUAGAUCGAUGAAUCUGUUCAGGAUUGGGGGUGGGGGUGGGGGUGGGGGUGCGGAGGAGGGAGAGGGGGAAGGGGAGUGGGAUGGUGGGGGAGAAGGGAGGGGAAGAAGGAGUGUGGGAGGAGGAGAGGGGAGUGGGGAUGAUUCGCUGCCGUUGAUGCUGCUGGAGAGCUGGACGACUGAUGUGGCACUAGGGUUUGACAGAGAGGUAGGCAUAGCAGUGCGGCAGCUGCAGCUGAACUGGUCGGAGCUCGAGCUGAACCUCUCUGAACGUCUGCUCGCGCUGCGCAUUGUCAAGGCCCCCAAGCGCCCCCCUGCCGCCCAGCCCCCUGUUCCUGCUGCACCCGUGGCUGCCGCGGCAGUUCCUGUGCUGGUGAACGAGAGAAAACGUCCCAACCUCCCAGAAAAGGUGCAAGUCACCCUGCCUCGCAUCAUGCUGCGUCUGUGGCAUCACCGCUGCGGCCUCCUGCUGCGCAGCAGCUGCGGCCCCAUCACCCUCUCCUCCACGCUCUCCCGCCCAGCGCCUGACCUCUCAGUCAUCGAGGCUGAUUUCAGCAUCGGCAUUGUGGAGGUGAGUGAGCUGAUAGGGAAGGACGCUGAUAGGGUACUCAUUUCUCUCCCUUCCAACUCGUUACUCCCCUCUCCCACCCAUUCUUCCCUACUCUCCCUCGCUCCCCUCACCACCCCUCCCCUCCCCCCCUCUGUUGUCUUCCUGCCACCCAUCUCCCCAGGUUCUGAAGAGUGCCGAGGUCAAAUCUGCCUCUUUAUUCUGCGCUAUGCCAGUUUACCGUGCCCACAUUUCGUUGCUCUCUUCUUGUGUUUUGAGCUCUCCACCCAGCCACCCCACCUCCUCUUAUCGCCCGUUAUCCUGAACCCCUUUCCCCCGCCGUUGCUUCCUCCCUCAGACGGCAGAGGCAGUGCGGGCAGAGGUGGACGUGACCCUCUCAGCCGUGGACUGGCGGGUGUUCCCUGCUACUCUCUCCCCAUGGGUGCCCCUCCCUCACUUUCCGAUUUCACCACUUCCAACCGCCUUGCACCUCCAUUCUUCCCCACCGUCUCCCUCUCCCUCCCUCAGACGGCAGAGGCAGUGCGGGCAGAGGUGGACAUGACUCUAUCAUCUGUCGACUGGCGGGUGUUCCCUGCUACUCUCGCCCCGUGGGUGGCAGCAGCACUUGAGGAGAUGCGGAGGAAGAAAGCAGCGACACUCAGGCGUCAGCACCUGCAGCUGCAGCAGGAGCUGCUGGAAGGGAUUCUGUCUCCACGUGCCAAGGCCAGAGGCGCUUCGCGAAAAGCUGAUUCACCACCGCUAGGCAAGAGUGCAGCAGCAGCAGGAGAAGCAGGAGGCAGAGUAGGAGGAGGAGCAGGGGCACCAGGAGCAGCGACAGCAGAGGCAGCAACAGUGGUGGAGGUUCCCAAGCCAAAGAAGCCAAAGCGGCCGUUCAGGCUUGAGGCAGUGGUGGGAGCAGUAGGAGCAAAGCUUACAGUACAUGAUUAUGACGGCACUCCUCUCUAUAAGGCCUCUGCUGCCAAGUUCCACCUCUUCCUCUCCAAAUCCACUGGCUCCCCCCCUGCUGCUACUGCUGCUCCACACGCCUCUUCUUCGACCCCAAUGGGGCCUGAUUCCCCUGGUUCUGCUGCCGGUGGUGGGAAGGCAGGGUGGGGCAGAAGCAAGGGUGGGCGGUACUCGUUUCUGAGCCGGUCUGGGAGUGUUCUGGGCGGGGGGCCGAGGGGAGGAGGGGGGGCUGCAGGAGCGGGAGGAGGAGGAGGAGACGGAGCAGCCGCAGCAGCCAGCAGUCCUGGGGUUUCCAGGACUAGCAGCAGGGCGGAAGCAGCAGCAACUAGGGCGGGUUUUAGCAGGUCUACGAGCUGCUUUGCUGCCAGUCCUUCUGGUGCUGCUGGUGGUAGUGGUGGCGUUGGUAGGGGCUCUGCCUCCGCCUUCCCUUCCUCCUCCUCCAUCUCCGCUUCUCCUGCUGCUGCUGCUGCCACCGCCGCUGCUGCUGUUGGGACGAGCACUGCUGCUGGUGUUGCAGCUGGUGGUGGUGAGAGUGUGGUGGAGGUACAGGUAGAGUAUUCAGGCGUGCAGGUGGCACGUCUGCCCAGAGAAGAGGAUUUCGCCAGGCUUGCUGAGGCAGACGGUGGUGCCAGUGCUGCUGGUGCCGCUGCUCCUGCUGCUCCUGCUGCUGCUGCGGCUGCGGCUGCGGCUGCUGUGCCUCGGGAGCAGGUGUUUAUUCAGGUGUCGCGCCUGGGAGUAGAGUGGGGCCCUGGGAUCCCCGACAACUGGGAAGAGCUUGGGGAUUCAUCCGGAGAAAGGAGAGGGGGGGAGUCAUCAGGGGCAGCAGAAGCAGGAGCAGGAGGAGAAUCAGGAAGGGGGUUAGGAGCAACAGGGAGUGCCAGUUCCCCCGGUAGUGGCUCUGGUGGGGGCGCGUAUAGAGUGGUCAGUGGAGGGGGGAGUGGGGGGAGCGGGGGAGGGGGGAUACUAGACAAAGUAAUGAUGGUGCAGGUGGGGGUGCGGGGACUCAGACUGCGCCCCUCCUUCCCCCUCCUGGGAUCGAUUGCAGAGGAAAUCACCCGAGCAGAGCAGUUUGUCAAGAGGGAGAAGAAGAGAGGUGCGAGCACAGUAGGUGCUGCUGCGGGUGGGGCUGACGCGACUGCUGCUGGUAAAGAGCCAGGCAAAGGGAAGAGCAAGAGUAAGGGCAAGGGGAAGGGCAAGGGCAAAGGUGUGAAGGCGUUUCGGAUAGUCCUGGACGACUCGCUCCUGGAGCUGGAGUGUCCCUGCACGGUGGUAGAAGCUGACGUGCUAGACCCAAAGAAAGUUCACUUUGGGGAUGAGCUGGGGGAGAGAAUUUUCCACCUCACCCCUGAGGGAGACCUUCGAGUGGCAAAGGUUAGGAGGUUUGAGUGGGAGGGGGUUGAGCAUGCUUCUGUGGUGUGUGCGUUGCGGGUGGAGCUGCCUUCGGUGUCGGUUGGAGGGAGAGUCGGGGGAAAGCAGGUGCAGGUUGGGGUGGAAGGGGCGAGAGUGGUGUAUGUGGAGAAAGGGGAGGGUGGGGAGGUGGGGGGUGCGGUGCGGAGCGGUGGAGUUGGGUUUGGGACGGGGGGUUUGGAAGGGAAGGGAGGGGAGGAGAAGCGGGUGGGGAGGGAGGGUGGGAGGAGGCAGGAUGGGGUGAUUGCAGAGGUGGUGGUUUGUCGGUUACAAAUGGCCCAUAUGUUGCUUCGGAAAGGGUUGCUAUGUCCGGACGGAGGUCCGGCGCCGGACCGGGUGGUGGUUACCGCAGCUGGGCUGGAGGCUCGGUGGGAGCCGGACGUGCAGGUUCUGGUGGUGGAGGUAGGGGAGGAGAUGAAGGAGGUGACGGGUCGGAGAAAGGCAGUUAUAGAGCAAUGGCGGGCGAUGACAGAGAGAGAAGGGGAGACGGAGCAGGCACGAGUGAAUCAGCAACAGGCAGAGGAAAAGGCAGAGAAGAAGGCAGAGCAGGAGAUGCAGCAGCGGGUGCAGGAGCAGAAGGGAGGGAAGAGAGAGGGAGGGGGUGCAGGGAAGCUAGUCACAGCAGGCGGCAGUCUGGAUGCAAGUCUUCUCGGGAGAGAAGGUGGGACUCAGCUGGGUGUAUCAGCAGCAGCAGUAGCAGCCGGCAGCAGCAGCAAUAGCACCACACCCAGGCACAGCAGCAGCACGGCAGCAUCUUUGCCGCCGAUGGGACCCAGUGGAGAGGGCAGGCGCUCCUUUGGUGUUGCCAAGUCCGCCGGUGCUGCUGUUGUGAUCGAGGGUGGUGUGGCGGGGUUAGGAGCGGCUGGGAGUGGUGCCGGGGGUGGUAUCUGGCGCAGGAACAGCGACAGCUGUGUCGGUGGCGCAGGGGCAUCAUCAUCAUCAGCAGCAUUGGAUACCGCUGCUGCUGCAUCAGCAGCAGGAGCAGGAGUAGCAGCAGCGCUGGCAGCUGGUGAUUCCGCAGCUCCAACAAACCCGAGCAAGCCGGUGAAGGCGAAGAAGCCGAAGCCGGUAGUGGCAGUGGAUGUGACGGGGGUGGUGGUGACGGUGGGGAUAGGCGACGAGACAGAGAUGCGUGUGGAGGCCAGGGGGCUCUUCUCUGAGGACGCGGCCAUGGGGGCGCUGCUAGAGGGGCUGGCGUUGCGCAUCAACGGGGCUGCUAUGCUCUUCAGCGAGUCGUUCCAGAUGCGUGUGGAGGCCAGGGGGCUGUUCUCGGAGGACGCGGCUAUGGGGGCGCUGCUAGAGGGGCUGGCAUUGCGCAUCAACGGGGCUGCUAUGCUCUUCAGCGAGUCGUUCCAGGUUUCUCGUGUGCCGAGUGCAACCCCAGUGGUGGUCGCACCUCCCUCCGCCCCCCCACCACAGCCAGGAACGAGCACACCCACAGUGUGGGACUAUGUGAUUCAGGCGAGCUCAUCGCGCUUCAUCCUGCCGUUCCAGUUUGAGGUGCGGGCCGUGGAGGACAGUGCAGAGGACAUGAUGCGCGUGCUCAAGGCUAAGCCCCCUGCGCGCCAGAAAGGCCUCAUACGCCUUAUAGUGAAGGAGCUGCUUUUAGAGGUGGAGGAGGAGCCGAUUCAAGGGUGGCUGGACGAGAGGAGACAGCUUAUGAGACCACUGGUGGAAGAUAAGUUGGUGAGGGAGAGAUUGCUGGAGGAAGAGGAGGAGAAUCUGAUGGGCGGGGAUAUUUUUCCCGCUGGUUUAGAGGGGCUUGUUGGGGAGGUAGCAGGGGGCGGGGAUGGGGAGAAGUCACCGCAAGAUGUGAGAGGAGGGGGAGGAGGAGGGGGGUUAGGAGGGGGAGGAGGGGGAAAAGGGGUGAGUCCGCAAGUGUUGGCGGCAGCAGCGGCUGCAGCAGAGGCUGUUGGGCCUACAGGUGAAGCCAAGGGUACUGCGGUCAGGCUGAAACUUUUCCGAGAACGUUUCCAGGCUGCCCGGGAGGAUCUGCACCGGCGGGCAUGCCUGGCGUACAAAGCAGCGUGCGAAAAUCUUGUGAAGGAUCCAGGCACAGGCUGGGCGUAUAAAAUCGGGCUGAAUGAAAAGUUUCCGAUGACCACCACACGAAGAAGCGCUGCUAGCUUGUGGUUUGCGUUUGCCGAGCUGGCUCUGAUACCAAUAGAGCACGGGCGGCAGGGCAUGGUGGCGAAAAUUCGCGAGCUAGACACUGUUCCUGCUUCGGAUAAGGUACCCAUUGCUAGGAUGUACGGGCGUGGAGUCGAGCUUUCGUGUGUGGGGCUGAAAUUCUCCCUGAGGGACUUCCCGCUUCCGCUGUUUGCGGCAGCUUCCGGGAAGCUUCGUGCAACGGCGAUCAUGGCAGCACAGGCCACAGUGCACCAGCCGCAGCAGAAGUCCGACGUGUUUCUGGGAAGGUUCCGCCGGGUUACCGUGUUACGAACGGCCAGCGGAGCCACCCCUCCGUUGAAGUUCUACUAUGAGGCUGAAGCAGAGUUUGAAUCGGCCGAUCUGUCGUACGGGGUGGGGUAUGAGCCGAUGCUGUUUGCCGAUGUGAGUUACGCGGUAACCUGCGCCGUGCGGAAGGGCCAGCCGACGACGAGGCAGGCGAAGGUGAUUGCGGCGGCAGCGGCGGCGGCAGCAGCAGCUGGGGUACCGUACCCUCCGGUGCAGAACACCCUCUCUGUGCCUGCUCUUGCAGCUGCGGCGGACCCUGCUGCGGCUCCUCCUGUGUGGCCUCCGGUGGAAAGAAGCUUGCCGUGGUGGGAUAUUAUGAGGUACUACAUGCACGGGCAUGCGCAUAUUGUGGCUCUGGACUAUCAGGUGUUUCUUCAGGCUACUGUGGACCCGUACGAGCAGAACGACAUGCUCACGCUGGUGGGGUCUCGGCUGGUGUUUUCCCAGAAGAAGGGGCAGAUGUUUGUGCGAGGGGAGGACUUAGAAGCGCACAUGUCAAGCGUGCCAGAGGAUCCGUUACGGAAGGCAGACGCAUGGGUGAGAGAGGGGGGAUCGGGUGGGAUCGGGAGGGGGACAGGCGGGGGAGGGGAGGGCGGGCGGUGGGAGGGAGACGAGUUCCUCCGCGCACCUGCUAUAGAGACGCCGGUUUUGGAGCUGGAUAUAAGGAUAGACUGGGAGGUGGAGGGGAAUGGGGACGCCUGUGCACAUUAUUUGCACGCGCUGCCAACAGAACCAGGCAUGAGAACGGUUCUGUACGAUCCGUUCCGGUCUGUGGGGAUGAACUUCCGGUGGGACUGGCGGUUUUUGUCCAAGGAGCAGGCGAGGGUGAUUCACAGCAAAGGGGAGAAGAGAGAGAAGAGCAGUGUGGGUGGUGGUGGGGUGAGGGUGGAUCGGAGCAGCAGUGCCAUUGAUCUCCGGCCUGGUGGCCCCACUGCUGCUGCUGCUGGCGCUGCUAGUGCUGGCAGCGAUGCUGCUGCUGCGGGUGCAUCUGGUGUUUUGGGCAGGCACGCACAUGGAUCACCGGCAGGACCAGCCAUACCGCGCUCCACCUCUCUGUCUUCUGCUUCGUUCUCCCGGGCCUCCUCCUCCCACCGCUUCCCCGACGACGAAGAUUUCUUCUCGGGCAGCUCAACUGCCCACCGAUCGGCGUCCAGCACCAGCGGCGGGUCGUUCUCGUCCGUUGGAUUCGAACCCGGGGCUGAGUCAGCGUCAGGAGCGGGUUUGAGUGCAAGUGGGCGUUUGCAAUCUCAGAGACACAGGAGAACGUCGUCAGGCAGUAUGCCUUGGCAUGUGGGAGCAGGGAAUUGGGAAGGCGGAGGAGAAGGAGGGGGAGGAGGAGGUGGGGGUGCAGGUGCUGCCGUGGCUGGCGGUUUUGACAGCCCACGCAUCGGAGGAGUAGGAAUCGGAGCAAGCGGAGGAAUCGGAGGAAGCGGAGGAAUCGGAGGGAUGGGAGGAGGGUUUGAGGUUACCGGGGGGGGAGUGCGCCAGCCGACGUUCAACCUGGCGAGCCACGACAUCAAGUGGCUGUUCAAAUUCUACAACCUCAUGUACCUCUCCUCCCACAAGCUCCGGAACUUCGGCCGCCGCCGCUACGGCAUCGCAAGGAAGCCCAAAUCCGGCAACCUGAACCUCAGCCAGGUCAUGUCUGAGAUGCUCAUCCGCCUGCAUAUCGCCCCGGGCGCGUGGCGGCAUUAUUCGUUCCGGAACCCGGACCCGGCGGAAGGGCUGGUGUUGCUGGUCGAUGAGUUGGUGUAUGAGUUGUGUUAUAGCAGGAAUUUGAAGGCUUGGGAUGGGCAGUCAAGAAGGCCGAGCUUUAAGACGGCGCAUACGGGGCUGGAUGUUGUGCGGAUGAGGAUUGUAGUGGAGGAGCCUGGGAGUGGGGAGGGGGAAGGGGAUGGGCAGGAGGGGAGUGGGGGGAUGGAGGGUGGAGGAGGGGGAGGGGGAGUGGGGAGAGGGGGUGUUGGUGGGACGAGUGGGCGGGUUUUGGAAGGGGAUGAAGCUUCUGAGAAGAUUCUGGAGUUGUUGAUGGGGGAGGAUGAGGUGGGUGGGGGUGGAAGGGAGGGGAUGUUGGGAGGGGUGGCGGAGGAAAGGAGCAUACUGGGGAAAGGAAUGGUUACCAGACGAAGCACCGGAGGCAGCAGCUUCGGAUGGGGGGGAGGAGAGGGGUUGGGAGGGGGGGGAGGGGGAGGGGGACUGGGAGAGGAAGCAGGAGGUGGGGGGAGGGGCACGGGGGCAGCGGGAUUCAGGAGCAGCAGCAGCGCAAGGGGAGGGAUUGUGGGGGAAGGAUGGACAAAGGCCGAUCAGAGUUUCCUGAUGUCGUGUGAUGGGGUUAUGAUUCGCAAGCAGGCGCCUGACGGGAACGCGGAGCAGAUUCAAAAGUGGCGCGUGGGGGAGGGAUGGAAGGGAUGGCUUAUGGGGGCAGCGGGUGGUGGUGGGGAGGCGGGGGGAAGUGGAGCAGGAGGAGACGGCGAGGGGAGUAAGAAAGGCAGCAGCAGCCGGAUUAGCGAUUUUGAAGCGGAGGGGGAGGGCUUGGAGAGUGACGGGGACGGCUUGGAGAGUGACGGGGACGAGCGCGAGGAGGAGGAGGAUGAGGAGGAGGAGGGUGGGGAGGGGGAGGACGAGGGGGAGGCGGAGCAAGAUCUAGCUGACAUCCUUGCUCUACUAGUAGCAGACGACUGCUGGAGGAUCCUGGUUCCUGGGCUAAGGCUCCUCCUCACCAUCCGCAACAGAGAUGCUCUGUGGGCCUGGAUGGCCGAAUUCCAGCGCGGAUUCGCGUCAGACAAGCCGUCCCCGUCGCGCCAGCUGGCGCAACGCAAGAGGCUGGAGGCGGCCGGGGGAGUCCCGCCGCCGGUGGUGGGGGCGGCGCUGGUGGCGGCGCAAGUGGCGGCUCAGAUCGCCGCGGAGAAGGCGGAGAAGGAGGCAGCCAAGGCCGCUGCUGCUGCUGAGGCUGCUGCUGCGGCGGCAGCAGCGGCAGAAGCACAAGCAAAAGCGACGGGAGUGGCGGAGGGUGGACAGGCAGGACUGGGGGAUGGUGUUGUUGGUGGUGGUGGUGCGGCCGGUGGUGGAGGAGGGGGAAAGGGAGGGGUGGGCGAUGGGGCGGCGGGUAUGGGGAUGGAAGGAGAGGACGACAACUGCACGUUGAACUACAUGAUCAACAUCAUCCGGCCGCAGUUCAACUUCCACUCUGAAGAUGCGCACGUGAGUUGGGAAACGCGUUUUAGGCUCCUCCUUGCUGCGUGUGUGCUUGCUCUUCCUUCAGCCCUCUGCAACGCACCACUCCACCCUUCUUCUGUCUCCACUUUCCUCUCCCAUCCCCCCCUUCCCCCACCUCACCCAGGGGUCGUUUCCUCCUCGCCGCCAAGAGCGGGCGUGUGCUCGCCCGCACCUUCCACUCAGUCUUUGCCGGGGCCAUUGAAGCCCUCGCUGUCAUCACUCCCUUCAUCCUUCCCUUCCCCUACCCCUCCUCUAUCCCUUCUUCAGGGUCGUUUCCUCCUCGCCGCCAAGAGCGGGCGUGUGCUCGCCCGCACCUUCCACUCAGUCUUUGCCGGGGCCAUCGAAGCCCUCGCUGUCAUCACUCCCUUCAUCCUUCCCUUCCCCUACCCCUCCUCUAUCCCUUCUUCAGGGUCGUUUCCUCCUCGCCGCCAAGAGCGGGCGUGUGCUCGCCCGCACCUUCCACUCAGAUUCGGUGAUGACCUGGACACGAUUCAGUGGAACAGGCACGAGCUGGCUGUCAUGCUGGAGAACGUGCAGGCCUACGUGGCACCCACUGACGUGGACCUGACAGCUGGCGUGCAGUGGUUGGCCCACGUGCCCAUGGGUGCCGGGAGGAGGGGAGGAGGGAGGGGUGGGAAGGGGAGGAGGAGGAGGGGUGGGGGGAUGGUUGGGAGAGGGUCAGAAGGGAGUCUUGCUGGUGGUGCCACAAGUGGGGAUGGUGACGGUGACGAUGGCUAUGGUGCUGCUGGUGCUGGGCCGAGCGGAGUGCUGUUGCUGGGAAGAGGGGCUGCUAGUAAUGGGGAUAUGGAGGGCAAUCACCUGUUGAAGCAGGUGUUUCAGCCGUGCACCAUGUACCUGGAGUAUACCCGAUACAAGAGCGGGUCUCAGGGAGCCCAGAAGAAGCCGCUGAAGGAAGUGAGUUUCAGUGUGCCCAACAUCACGGCCACCAUGACCUCCCAGCAGUUCCAGACGCUCACCGACAUCAUCAUGAACCUUGCGCUCGCGCCCACGCCCAAGUUGAAGAAGCCAAAAGUGCGGCCCGAUGCAGACGAGGACGAGGAGGAAGAGGAGGAGUAUGGGUCGCGCCCCGACGGAGUUCCCGAGGUGGAGGCGGCAGAGGUGAAGGCAGAGGUGGCGCAGCGGGCAGUGAACGCGCUCAUCCAGGACCUCUGGAGCACUGCCGCUCUCACAGCCUCCAGGGUUCACGGGCCUGAGCUGGCGUUUGCUGGCAGCUGGGACGGAGGGGGAGGAGGCGGAGGGGGGAAUGCGGGUGUGUUUGGGUCGGGGCGGCUGGUUCUGGAGGAGGAGGAUCCGACCCACAAGAGCCUUGUGCUCGCGCCACCCAUGGUGCUGGUCGCUGCUCUCAAAGGAGAGUACCUCGUGCGCAGAGCUUACCUGCGGGCGGCGAGGCAGGAGUGCCGGGCGGCGGUGGGGCGGGCGGCGCGGCAGCAGCGGGAGAAGCAGAAGCAGCCAUCGUCGGCAGUGGCGGUUAUCUGGACCAUCGACCGCGCGGCAUGGUCGCUGCUGAGUGAUGGGCAUGUGUUUGCAGAGGCUGAGAUCCAACACAUGCUCCUGAAUGUGGACAGGGAUUUCAACGACAUAGGCAUGGCGUGCUUUGUCAUCAAGUCCAUUGCAGUGCGCAACUGCCUGCCUCAAGCCAAGUCACGCCUCGUCCUCUCCGCCUGGAACCCCCCUCCCGACUGGUCUCGACAUGCCAUGAUUCGAGUGGUAGGCAAGAUAGGCAAGCCUGUGGACGGCGUCUCACCCAUUGAAACCUUUGAGGUGGAGAUCUACCCACUGCGCAUCUACCUGACAGAGCAGAUGUACCGAGUGGUGUGGGACUACCUCUUUGCCAAGGAGCCAGACGAGCAGCUCAGGAAGCAGGAGAUGUGGGGUCCUGUGGCGCUCCCAGUGAAGCAGAAGGACAAGCGCCGCUCCACUGCUCCUGACACCCUCUCCUCCUCUUCCGCUGCUGGAGGUGCUGCUGGAGGAAGUUUCCCCGCGUCAGCGACUGUUGGGGCCGCGGGUGGUGGAGGAGGGGGGAGGAAGGGCGCGGAGGAGCCUCGCUUGAAGCACCAGUCGUCGGCUCCGCCCUCUGCUCUGGUGGUUGAAGAGACUCGCCGGUCCACCACGGAAAGUUUCACCUCCACCGGCUCUGCCCCCGGCUCCUUCCCUUCGAACCCCUCGCUUUCCUCCUUCCACCCUUCCUCGCUCCCCUCCGCCUCCACCUCCCCCUUCCCCUCCUCCGCCUCCCCUUUCCACCCGUCCCUCCCCCCGCCGCGCUCCCCUCUGCCCUCCUACUCGGUUAUCCGUUCUCAAAGCAGCCCUACAUUCCGAGCCCAUGCAAGUGCCUUCUCAGCAGACCGAUACCCCAUUGCUGCUUCUGCAGCUGCUGGUGCUUCUGGUGCUGCGAUUUCCGGUGCUGCUGCGGACAGUGAUGCUGCUGCGAGUGGAUACUCUGGUGCUGCUGGUGGGAAUGCUUUCUCUUCAGGUCCUUCCACUGGCCUGCUUCAUGCCCCUCCAAUCACUCACUCCUCAUCGGCCCCUCUCCCCUUGGCGAACCCCUAUGGUAGAGCUGCUAGUAGUGCUGGGCUAGGGUACAGAGGAGGAGGCAGGGGUGGAGGAAUGGGCGGGUCUGUGGCAGGGAAAGGUUUAAGUUUGGAGGGGAUUCGAGAGGGGGGGGAGAAGGAUGGGGCGGGAGCGAGUGAGAAGAAGAAGGGGAGGGAUAAGAAGGAGCUGGAGGAGAAGAGGAAACUGAAGGCAGAGGAGAGGGUGGCAAUGAGGGAGAGGGAGAAGAGGGAGCUGCUGGAGAAGAGGAGGAUGAGGAUGGAGCAGAAGGAGGAGGAGAGGAGGAAGAAGCUAGCACUGGAGGAGCAAAGGAGGACGAGGAGACAAGCGGUUUAUAUUCAGAACCUCAAGUUCAGCCAGGUGGAGUUGCUGAUCACUUACGAGGGCUAUCCUGUCUCAGUCACGGAUCUCCGUCUCCUCAUGGACACGUUCGCCCGCACCGAGUACACGGGGCCAUGGCGCCGGCUCUUCUCGCGGCUAAGGAAGCACGUCAUCUGGGGCGUGCUCAAGUCUGUCACAGGCAUGCAGGGCCGCAAAUUCAAGGAUGCACAUUUGCAAGCAGGCAGCAGCAGCAUCACCACAAGCACCCCAUCCAAGUCGCAAGCAGCAGCGGCCGCAGCAGCAGCAGCAGAGAUGGCAGAGAGUGACAGUGAUGACGAAAGCGCACCAGCAGGGGGGGUAUCAGGGUCUGGGGUGGAUGGGAAGGCUGGCAGGAAAAUGCCCGCAGGAGCAGGGGCAGGAGGAGGGGCAGGCGGGGGAGGAGGAGGGGGAGGAGGGGAUGGGUUGGGCGACGGGAGUUAUGGUGUGAGCGUGGGGGCAGGAGGGGGAAGGGUGGGUGUGUCAGAGGCAGGUUCUGCUGUUCCUAGUGCUGCGGCCACUGCUGCGAGUGGUAGCAACAGCAGCGCACACAUGGGCAAUGCGGGCAUCACCAGUAGCAGUUCAGGGGAAGGCUCGUUUGCACCAGGAACAGGCUCUGCUGCUGCUGGUACUGCUGCCGUCCUUGCCACUGCUGCUACUGCUGCUGGUGCUGCUCCUGGUGGCAGUACCACCGGCGUGAGUGGCGGCAGUAGCAGCAGCGGCAGCAGUGGCAGUGGCAGUGGUAGCACGGCAGCUGGUUCUGGUGCUGGUUCCCUGCCGGUGGGAGGAGGCGGGGCGUCCAUGCUGCUGGCUCGGCUGGGGAACAAGGGGGAGCGCAUGGGAGAUGGGUUUGUGUCGUCGGUUAAAGGGCUGUUUAAGGACCAGCUGGGCCGAGCCAAGCAUGUGCUUAAGAGCAAAGAGCAGCAGCAGCAGCAACAACAACAGGCACAUCACCACCACCACCACCGGCAUCAUCAGCAGCACCAGCAGCAAAAGCAGCAGAAGCAGCAGGUGGAGGAGGAGAAAGGAGGAGGUGCGGGGAGGAGUGGAGAGGAGGGUGAUCUUGGUGGUGAGAGUGGAUUGGUGAAGGGAGAGGGGAGUGGGGGGUCUCCUGUGGUGCCUACAAGGAGUGGAGAGGUGGAGAAGGAGAAGGAGAAAGGGAUGAGCUCACUGGUUGCGAAGGGACAAGCUUUGGUGCCUAAGCUGUGGACUCCAAAACAGAGUGCAGCUCCAGGUCGCGUUGAUGAAGCCAUCCCGGAGGUGCCUGAAAAUGGAGCUGCAUCAGAGUCCACUAGUGGAGCAAUUGGUACUGCUAUGGAGAAGGGCACAACUUGA